UAUUUUUAGGCAGUGUCAGAUGAAGAUGAUAUACCAGAGAAACUGCACCAUAAGGAAAAGAAAAAUGAGAAGCAGAAUGUUAAGGCAAAGAUGCAGUCUGAAGAUGAAGAUGAUGACAAUGUGAAACCACAGCAACAACAACAAAAGAAAAAGAAGGAAAAGGGGAAGCCAUUAAAGGUGCAGUCUGAUGAAGAUGAUGAAGAUGUGAAACCCCAGCAACAGCAGCAGCAGAAGAAAAAGAAGGGAAAGCCAGUCAAGAUACCUUCAGAAGAUGAGGAGGAUGAAGAUGAGAAACCACAGCAGCAGCAACAGAAGAAAAAGAAUGGAAAAGGAAAGCCAGUAAAGGUCCAGUUUGAUGAGGAACAAGAAGGCAAGCAGAAACAGAAGAUGAAAAAUGAAAAAGGAAAACCAAUGAAGGUGCACUCUGAUGAAGAGGAGGAGGAGGAGGAUGAUGUGAAACUACAACUCCAGCAGAAGAGUGGAAAGGGAAAGCAAGUUAAGGUACCUAAGUAAAUUACUACAGAAUUUGUAU